AUGGAAAUGUCAGACUCUGCGGAUAUUGCUGGGGCUUCCGAGGCUCAUGAUUACCGACUGCUAACAAAAGCUAGUGAUGAGUUUGAUAUGUAUACAGUUACCAGGGGAAACUAUGAUGAAUGCAUCGGAAUUUUGGAGCAACUGGAGAGCUUAAAAGGAAAAGACCUCAAAAUUCAACAUAAUCAAAUGGUAGCCAAAUUCUACAAGGGCAAAUGCAAGGGAUACGUGGAUUUGUUGAAGUCACUAAAGGACCUAAGUACGAAUGAGAAAAGCCGAAAUUCAUCAGCAACGACCUCUAACACUCCACCUUCCCCAGUUCCAUUGUAUAAUAUGGGAGUUAUAUACUAUCAUCGACACAUGUACCAAACGGCUUUGUAUACUCUGAAGCCGGUCGUUGAUAAAAUCGAUGCGUAUGAUGCCAACACCAUAGCCAUGGUGGGUGUACUCAUGCUACGUCUGCUAUUGGCUACAAAUCAACCACAGAAAGCGUAUUUAUUCCUGGAAGAGAUAUCGCGGCAUUUGAGUAUAAACAUUGCACCCUUAGCAGCAGAUGACGGCAACGUUCAAGAAUCUACACCAAGACUUGAAGAAAAGUUCAAUAAACCCUUGAAAUUAUUGUCGCUGUUGACACAUGUGGUUAAUCGAAAAAUUGUUCAAGUUCCGGAAGAUGGUUCGGCGGAGUUUGCGGCUCUCAAGGCCCAUCAAUAUUAUAUAAUGAAAGACUUCCAAAUGGCCGCUAAACAAUUGAAAAAAAUCAAUGUGGAUUCCUACAUGGACGGCAUUUACAAUCACGAAUUAAAUACACUCAUAGCUAAUAACAUGGGCGUGAUACACUUACGAGUACGCCACUAUGCUAUUGCCGCAAACUUUUUCCAAAAUGCCAUUAAUUUCGAUAAGCACAUUGCGUCGAACUUACGCUUUGCAGAAUUACACGAUAUGGGCUCAGCCAAAUCAUGUGAAAUUUUGUACAACCUGGGCAUUGCGAUGUUGCAUUUAAGAAGACCGAAAGAAGCAUUUCAGUGUUUCUUGGUCCCUUUGAAGACAUACCAUAGUAAUCCGCGGUUAUGGUUUAGAAUAUCGGAAGCGUGUAUAAUGGAAUACGAAAUGAAAAGGUCCAUUGAUGAAAAAGCCAAAAUACGAACAGAAACGAGAUCAUUAUUUUCCAACAGGAUAGAUUAUUCUAGCCAAUCAGCAGCGGUACCGGAACCAACAAUGCCCUUCGCUGCUUUAAGCUUACGAAAUGCUUUAACGUUAACACACUUUUAUAUGACUCAGCUUUACACGACCCCAUCUUCUGAAGAAAUGAAUGAAUCCACGGAAAGCGAGGAACCGGUAUGGCAAAAGUCUAGAGAUAAUAGUUUUUGCAGUCCGUCGGGGCCCGUAACAAAGGAAUCGUUCGACAUAAUGCUGUCGUCCAUAUACGCAGCCUAUAGUUAUGUGUGCUUGCGACUGGGUGAUUAUGUUACGGCUUUAGAGAUGGCCGAAGAAUUAUUGAAAAUGGAAAAUCUUUCAGAUGCACAUAAAAUGCUUGCACAUAUGUAUGCUGGCGAAGCAUUUAUAAUGAUGGACAAUUUAACCGAUGCAAGGCCACAUUUGGAACCCACCUUUGUUUCUAACUUAAAUACGUUCGAUUUUGAGACAAAAGAUUGGCAGGUCAAAUCUUUAGAUGCAGCGCAGAAUGUCGUUCGUUAUAACUUGGCCGUGGCAUUAACAUUGCAAGGGGAAUUGGAAAUGGCAAGAACUCUCCUUAAUACCUGUACACAUCCAAUAGUUGCUCAAAAAGUUUUCAAUUUGAAGAAGACUCAAGCUGCUAUAGUUGCAACAACGUUGCAGCAGCAAGCUACACCUCCCAGAGUUAUGUAA